UCGCCAUGGACCCCACCAACCACGCCCACGUGCCCGCCCCCGUGCCCACCCCGGCCGACCUCCAGCACGGGCCCCCGCAGCCCACCGGCCUCCGCCAGCGCGCCAGCAAGCUCGAUGCCGCUGCCGCCCACCCCGCCCUCCAGAACGCCCGCCGCACCGCCUUCUCCUACACCCAGUCAAUCCGCGACCGUCUCGCCAGAAGCCCCACCGUCCUCAGGCUCGAGAAACGCACCGGCGUGGACCGAGUCGCCCUCUUGGGUGGCGGCGCACUCUUGUCAGUCCUCACGCCCUUGUCACCCCCAUCGCUGACCAGUCCCAGAUACUUCCUCUUGAUACCUCUCAACAUCUUCCGUCUCGGUCUCCCAACAACACAGCUUCUCACGUUCCUUCCCGCAUCCUAUGUUGCGGCACAAAUCCUCGAUGCUCGAGAGUCGCAGGCCAACAAUGAAAAGGUCAAGGACCUCUUGUCCUUUUUCGUCGUUCUCGGAUUCAUCCAAACCGCCGAGAGUCUCAUGAUCGGCGUCUUGGAGAAGCGUAUCCCGCAAUACUAUACUGUGAAACUCUUGUUCUUGGCCUAUCUCCUUCACCCCAAGACUUUGGGUGCUCGAAAGAUUCACGAAUCUGUUUUCCGCCCCGUCAUCAAUAAUCGUGACAGCCCCCUCGCCCCUGCCAACGUCGACCCUUCUAUCGCGGCCAAAUAUAGUGUCGCCCCUGUUUCAGACUCCACGACAUCUUCAUCCGGUAGCAUUGCGCCCACCGCUGGUCGAGACACCGUAUCUGGUUUGAAGGCUUCUGCCGGCCGAGACACUACUCUCCCUGGCUUGGGUGCUGCUUCCACCUCCGUCGGUGCCCACUCCAAUAAUCCUUUUGCGCCCUCUCACUCCACUGCCGGCAACGGCACCGCCGACAAUUUCGGCACUUCGUCUAGUCCUGUCACCACUGGUUUGACCACUUCCUCGCAGACUUCCGCUGUACCCACUGCGUCCGGCUUGAACUUUAGCUCUCCGGAGUCUGCCUUUUCCAACCCCAGCCCCACCAACGCUGCCGCCGAGGGCGAAGAUUUGCAUGAUUCCAUUAGCUCCCAGAUCAAGGCUGCUGCCGAAGGCCGCACUUCCUUCCCACCUCCCUCUUCUUCUUCCCAAGACUCGGCCUCCUUCCCGCCCCCUCAGGUGCAGGCGCAGCAGGCAUUAGCCCAGGCAGUGCAGCAGACUGGUGUUGAUGAGGUGGGCGUUCCAGAUGGAGUAAUCAGGCAAUAGUGUUGUCACCGAAUGCAGGAUAAUCCGAAUCGAAUAUUUCAAGAAGAAAGAUGGGAAUUAACAAAGCAACUCUGAUCGUACAUUGUAUACGGAGAGAGCAUACGGCGAUAUCAUGAACAAAAAAAACACACGUUCUCCCGAAGGAAGCCCAAGAUUCAUAUGUCACACGUACUGCUGUAAUCGUAGAGUACUCGUACAUCAUGCUACCAUAAAACUUGAGAUC